CCUUGGAUUUCGGGUGGGGGGGGUUCUACCUCGUGCCGGAUCUACCUCGGCUGGCAACGGCAGGGACGGGGCUGCCUCUGGGGCGCUCGACUAAAGUCGCUGGCGGCCGCCGUUCGCGCAUCGCAGCGCCUGCCUGACCGUCGCUAUGUCGGAUUUCGAUAGCAACCCUUUCGCGGACCCAGACAUUAACAACCCUUUCAAGGAUCCUUCUGUUACACAAGUGACUAGAAAUGUUCCACCAGGAUUAGAUGAGUACAAUCCUUUCUCAGACUCCAGAACACCACCACCAGGAAAUGUCAAAAUUCCUAAUGUGCCCAGUACACAACCUGCUAUAAUGAAACCAACCGAGGAACCACCCGCUUAUACUCAGAUUGCAAAGGAGCAUGCCUUGGCCCAGGCUGAACUGCUUAAGCGACAGGAAGAAUUAGAGCGAAAAGCAGCUGAACUUGAUCGCAGGGAAAGAGAGAUGCAGAGUCUCAAUCAACAGGGAGGAAGAAAGAACAAUUGGCCUCCACUGCCAGGAAAUUUCCCAGUGGGCCCAUGUUUUUACCAGGAUUUCUCAGUAGACAUCCCUGUAGAGUUCCAGAAAACAGUAAAGAUUAUGUACUAUUUGUGGAUGUUCCAUGCAGUGACAUUAUUUCUUAAUAUUUUUGGAUGUCUGGCCUGGUUUUGCCUUCAGCCCAGUCGAGGAGUUGACUUUGGACUGAGCAUUCUCUGGUUCUUGCUUUUUACCCCAUGUUCAUUUGUCUGCUGGUACAGACCACUUUAUGGAGCUUUCAGGAGCGAUAGCUCCUUCAGGUUCUUUGUUUUUUUCUUUGUAUACAUUUGUCAAUUUGCUGUGCAUGUCCUUCAAGCUGUAGGAUUCCAAGGUUGGGGGAACUGUGGAUGGAUUUCAUCUCUUACUGGACUUAACCGGAGUAUUCCAGUAGGCAUUAUGAUGAUAGUCAUAGCAGCACUUUUUACAGCUUCUGCAGUCAUCUCAUUAAUUAUGUUUAAAAAGGUACAUGGUUUAUACCGAACAACUGGAGCAAGUUUUGAGAAGGCCCAGCAAGAAUUUGCAACGGGUGUGAUGUCCAACAAAACUGUACAAACUGCUGCAGCAAAUGCUGCCUCAACAGCAGCAACCAAUGCUGCUCAAAAUGCUUUCAAGGGUAAUCAAAUAUAGACAAAAGAGAUGAAACACAUUACAAAUUUCUGGCUGUACUUUAUUUUUCAGUCCCUAAAGACUUAUGUUAAAAAUGCACACAGCAUGUAUGUCUUUUCAGCUGUGCAUGGGCUAAGACAGAAAAAAGAUCAUUCCAUUCUUUUUAGAUUUUUUUAAUGAGAAGUUCUUCCUAGCUACACUCCUAGCUUAUAAUAGUUACUUUUUUCUCUCCAUAUUUUUAGAGGUACAUGAUAUUUGACGAAAAUUAGAACAGUAGCUUUAAAAUUCAUACAGCAAGUUUAGCUUCUGAGAUAAGCAAACAAUUUUGUUUUUCCAUGGUGUGUCGCUCUCCGUGGAACUGUUCCUCCUGACUUGAGACAAGCACUUUGAAUUAACCCUGUUCAUAACACUUUGCUUCCCUGUUUUCGUAAGAAACAAAAGAAGCUGACAAUAUUGAACAUUAAAUUUUGGCUGCUGCUUUGUAGCUCCAGCAGCUGAUGAAGGACAGACGUAAGCUUAAAAUAAGUAUGAUAGAUGAUGUAAAUUCUUUUUUUUAGGAGAAUAGAUUUUUUUAAAUAAUCUAAGUCUGCAUGAAAGAAUUUUGACCAUGCUGCACUAGUGUUCUGGUCCAGAAAUUGUCUAUCAGUCCGGUUAUAGUAUUUGUUAAAAUCUGUUUUCAUGGUGUAUAUAGUGUUCUAACUAGAUAUCUUGGAGCACAGAUGUCUUCAUCCAAGUAAUGCAACAUGAAGUGAAAAGAAUUAUGUUUUAACUGAGCCAGAGUUGUUAUAUUUGUUCUUUUUGAUUUAACCAUUCAUGAUUAGGAAGCACAUAUUUCUAAACAGAAUCUGUUUAGCAAUAUUUAAAACAUUAAUGGCUAGUCCAAUAUGACUUGUGUUAAAUUGUAGUGGAAUUUAUUUUGUGCUUCAGAAUUUUGACAUUUUUAGGGUGUGCAUUUGUGUUUAAUGCUAUUAUAUCUUUAGUCUUGUCAGUCACUCUGUUUAGUAUUUGUAUAAACAUCUGAAUAUUCAAUAACUUAUUUAAAUUUUUAACAUUGUAGACACUAAUCAGGCUUCCAAAUACUGAUAAUUAUGUACUUGAAUUCUUUUAACAUACUUCAGCCUUCAUAUGAGAUUUAAUCUGAAUAAGUGCAUUUUAUUAAAUGCAAAUUGAAGAUACACAUUAUCAUAAUUAGUUUAGCGUGGUGCUAUAUAGCAGCUUUUUGUUAUUUUAAUUGUUCAUAUUAUUCUAAGACUUAAUUGCCUCUUCAGGUUACUUUUCCAUUUUGAGUUUCUAAACUCUAGGCGUUAAUGUAUGACAAUUUGAAACAUACUAUAUUUAACAUGUUUAGUAGACCCUAGAAUCCCAGGUUGUAAUGUUUGGAGAGGACCUUAGAGACCGUAUUUGAUUCAGUA